AAUGACAAGACAGUCAAAACCCGCUGAUGAUACUUAAACCCUAGCGUUCAAUCAAAUCGCAACCGCAACCUCAAAACGUCAGAGAUUUCGGAACCACACCAUUAAUGGCGUACCGGCGCUGCCUACAGACUCUGACCCGCCGCGCCACGGCACUCUUUUCUACAAACAUCGACUACUCGAGCAAUCCCCUGCUUCUCAAAACCCUACCCUCAAAAUCAUCUCCCCUUUCCUCCAGUAUCAAACCCGUCGUCGCCACCUGGUGCACCCAGUUAUCUAAUAUACGCCAUUUUUCAUCGAGUUCUCGUGAUGAUGACAGUGGUGAUAGCGAAACUGAUGAGGAAAUCGAUGAAGAGGAUAGCGAUGGAGAGGGCAGUCCGGUCGCAGAUUUGGGCAGGGAGUAUUCGCCUGAAGAAAAAGUAGCGGAAGCAGCUGCAAUCGGGUACAAGGUGAUAGGACCACUUGAACGGUCAGAUCGAGUUUUUAAGGAUUAUGAGCCGGUUUUUGCCGUUGUGCAGAUUGGGUCGCAUCAGUUUAAGGUGAGCAAUGGGGAUUGCAUUUACACUGAGAGAUUGAAGUUCUGCGAAGUGAAUGAUAAGUUGACCUUGAACAAAGUUCUCUUGUUGGGCUCAAGUACUCAAACAAUCGUUGGCAGGCCCAUAGUGCCAGAUGCAGCUGUUCAUGCAGUUGUUGAGGAGCAUGCAUUAGAUGCAAAGGUAAUUAUUUUCAAGAAAAAGAGGAGAAAGAACUACCGACGAACUAAAGGGCAUCGCCAGGAACUGACUAAGUUGAGAAUAACUGAUAUUCAAGGAAUCGAGAAACCAGAAGCAAAGGUUGACCCAAAGCCUUCAAAAGCAGCAAAGGUGGCUGUUAAGAAGCCAGAAAAAGUUGCAGUCGCAGCUUAAGAUUAUUUUACUGAUACAUUGAUAUUCAGAAUAAUCGUCUCCUUGCUUGUUACCUCCGAGUUAGGAUUUUCUGUGCGUGUGCAAUGAGCACGAUCUUAAUCCCAAUUUGCAGAAUCUACAUUUCAGAUGGAUCAGGCGGAAUAUCGAUCCUCCAAUCAGUCUUGGUUGAAGAUUUUGUUACGGAAGUAGUUUCUCUCACCAUUAAGAUAUUUUAUUCUGUCGUUCGUGUUCUUACUUUUGUAUUUAGUUGUUCAGUACGGACACAUGGUAGAGCACACCCACCAUUUUUAAUCUCUCCUUACCAUAUUAUGCAGUGUGAAUAUGGUGUCAACUCUGCAUGGUUGAAGUCUUUGAAGAAGUAUUUUUAUGAAUGAAUUGCAACGAAUCGGAUGAGAAAUAACUGUUAGAAUUUGCACUUUUCA